UGGAUCCAGGUGGUGGGCUCCUUCUUCCUGUUCUUCAACUCAUGGGGCAUUAUAAACACCUGGGGCGCGUUCCAAACCUACUAUGAGCAGACCCUGUUGUCGGACAUGUCCUCGUCCUCCAUCGCCUGGAUUGGCUCGCUCCAGGCCUUUCUUCUUAUGCUCUUCGGGGUGGUGACGGGCCCUCUGUUUGAUGCGGGUUAUUUCCGUGCCCUCCUCACUUUCGGGACCAUCGUGCUCCCCUUCGGCCUGAUGAUGACCAGUCUGUCGACGGAAUUCUGGCAACUGAUCCUGGCGCAGGGAAUCGUCAUUGGCCUGUCCGCGGGAUGUCUUUUCGUCCCGUCCGUCGCCAUUCUCCCCCAAUACUUCAAAAAGAGACGAGGCCUGGCCAACGGCCUCGCCGCGUCGGGAAGCAGCAUCGGCGGCGUGGUCUACCCGAUUAUGUUCGACCAACUGCAGCACCGAGUAGGCUUCCCCUGGGCGACCCGGGCUAUCGGCUUCCUCUGUUUCGGGACCUGCUGCAUCUCCUACAGCAUCAUGCGCAUGCGAUUCCAGCCGACGGAGAAGCGCAAGCUGCUCCAGCUAUCCGCCUUCAAGGAACCGGCUUUCGUGCUGUUUGCCAUCGGAAUGUUCCUGGGCUUCCUGGGCUUCUACAACUUCCUCUUCUACAUCCAGUCCUACGCGAUCGACACCGGGAUCGUCAGCUCCACCCUGGGCUUCUAUCUCCUCUCCAUGCUCAACGCGGGGUCCACCGUUGGACGUAUCUGCCCCAACUUCAUCGCCGACCACACAGGACCCUUGAACGUCCUCACCCCCGCCGCCACCUUCACUGCCAUUCUGGCGUUCGCCUGGAUCGGCGUACACAACGGGCCCGGCGUCAUCGUCCUGUCUGUGCUAUACGGUCUCUGCUCCGGAGGGUUCGUCUCCCUCCCACCGGUCGUCAUGGUCUCCCUGACCAAGGACAUUCGCGACUUGGGCACCCGCCUCGGCAUGAUCUUCGGGCUCACCUCCGUCGGCCUGCUGAUCGGCACGCCCAUCGGUGGCGCAAUCUUGAGCGACACAGGCAAAUACCUCGGUGUGCAGCUCUUCACCGCCUGCUGUCUCAUCACGUCCGCAUCCAUCUUCGCGGCCCUGAGAUUCUCUCGCUCCGGACCGAGGCUCAUCGCCCGAGUAUGAGACAGACGGAGAGAUUGCUUGCUUGCUUGUCGCAAAACCACACAGGAAGAAUAUUCCGCUGUGGUGGAUUCUUCGCUGUACGUGCUACGUCAUGAGCAUUGACACGUCUGCAUGGCAUGAAACCGAAUUUAAAUUUAAUAAUAGUAUACUUACUAACUAUCCGAUCAUCAACGUGGUGCAUGCAUUUUCGUUUCGACAUCCAGCCUUUUUUUCUUUUCUUUUCUUUUUUUUUUCUUUUUCCUUUUCUUUUUUUUUUUGCAUCAGGAGGGAAAAGCCGGUGUUUUGUUUGGUUUUGGGAUGAUAAAAGUUUGAUCAUUUGAUUUGGUCUGUUAGGGACUUA